AUGAUCACCCUGAUCCACUCAGACCCGCAGCUCCGCACGCCCAUGUACUUCUUGCUGAGUGUCCUCUCCUUCAUAGACUCCUCCUUCUCCACGUUAAACACCCCCAGGCUGCUGCAGAGCUUCCUCACCUCAAGCCAGUCCACCUCCUUUGCAGGCUGCCUGGUCCGGAUGACCCUCAUGACUCUCCACGGUACUGCUGGGUGUCUGCUCCUGGCCAUUAUGGCAUAUGACCGAUUUGCUGCCAUCUACCACCCUCUCCUCUACCACACCAGCAUGUCCCAACGUCUGCGUGUCCAACUGGUGGCAGCCACCUAUAUGGCUUCUGUUGCCAAUUCAGCUUUACUGACUGGGUACAUCUUCAAGCCGCUCUACUGUGGCCCCAAUAUCAUUAACCACUAUGUCUGUGACAUCCCCCUUGCUCUCCAACUUGCCUGUGCAGACGUUGCCAAGGCUGAGGCCAUUGUCUUCUCAUCUUCUGCCUUGAUUAUCCUCUUUGCCGUCACCAUUAUCCUGGUCUCCUAUGCCUACAGCCUGGUGACUAUCUGCAGGAUGCGUUCCCUCAAGGCUCAGAGCAAAGCACUCUCCACCUGUGCCUCUCACCUCGCAGUCAUCUGCCUCUUCUACGGCACCAUCACCUUCAUGUAUGUUCAGCCAAGCUCUCACAGUUCCAUGGAACAGAACGAGGUCGUGUCUGUCUUCUACACAGUGAUCAUCCCCAUGCUGAACCCUCUGAUCUACAGCCUGAGGGAUAAAGAUGUGAAGCCUGCUCUAAAGAGGGGAUGCCUUGACAUGCUGCCUUCCUAA